UCGUGUCGGGUCUCUCGGAGGAGCAGCUGCGGCUUCCCCCGGGGUCUGUGCUGGGGGGGCCCGUCAUUGACCCCCCGUGCCCGGCUGGGGGGGCUUUCUCCAGCUGUGUCCAGCCCCUGGCUCUGCCCGCCCCCGCCCUGGCUGCAGAACGACGCUCACGUUUCGUUCCGGUUCAUCCCGUCCUCCCAUGGGACAGGGGAGCGACAUGGCCGCAGAGGAGCCAGCUGAGGGGCCGGUGACCUUCGAGGAGGUGGCUGUGUAUUUCACCAGGGAAGAGGGGGCUCUGCUGGACCCCGCUCAGAGAGUCCUCUACAGAGACGUCAUGCAGGAGACCUAUGAGAAUGUGACCUCGCUGGGGUUUCCAGUUUCCAAAUCUGAUGUGAUCUCGCAGCUGGAACGAGGGGAGGAGCCGUGGGUCCCAGACCUUCAUGGCUCUGAGAAAAAAGUGCUCCCGAGAGCUGCCUGCACAGAUGUUGGGAUGGUGAGUGAAAACGAGGAGGAACCCCGGCAGGAAGAUGCUGAGCGAGUAGAAGCACAUGGGAUGUUCUCAGGAAGGUCCAAAGGGAAUGAUUCUGGGAGCUGUGCAUGCCCAGAAAAAACAAAAGCCUGUGAGAGUCAGCAGAGGCCAGAGGAAAACUUCAGUAGCCAGUCAGACCUUAUUACACGUGAGAGAAUGGACUUGGAAGGAACACGCUACACAUGCCUCGAGUGUGGGAAAAGCUUCAAAGGGAGCUCUGACCUUCUCACACAUCAGAGAAUCCACACGGGUGAGAAACCUUACGCAUGCAGUGUGUGUGGGAAAUGCUUCAAGCGGAGCUCACACCUCAUUGCACAUAAGAGAAUCCACAUAGAUGAGAAACCUUAUGGCUGCCCUGAGUGUGGGAAACACUUCAAGCAGAGCUCACACCUUAUUACACAUCGGAAAAUCCACAUGGGUGAUAAACCUUAUGGCUGCCCUGAGUGUGGGAAACACUUCAUUGACAGUUCAUCCCUCCUCUCACAUCAGCGAAUCCACACAGAAGAGAGGCCCUACACAUGCUCUGAGUGUGGGAAAAGCUUCAGUUAUAGCUCAGCCCUUACUGCGCAUCAGCGAAUCCACAAGGGUGAGAAACCGUAUGGAUGCCCUGAGUGUGGGAAAUGGUUCAUUGAUAGCUCAGCCCUCAUCACACAUCAGCGAAUCCACACGGGAGACGCACCCUACACAUGCUCUGAGUGUGGGGAACGCUUCCGUUAUAGCUCAGCCCUUACCACACAUCAGAGAAUCCACACCGGUGAGAGACCCUACAUAUGCUCUGAGUGCGGGAAAAGCUUCAAUCAGAGCUCUACCCUAAUCACACAUCAGAGAACGCACACAGGAGAGACCCCCUACGUGUGCUCUGAGUGCGGGAAAAGCUUUAAUCAGAGCUCUGUACUGAGCACACAUAGAAGAAUCCACACGGGUGAGAAACCUUAUGGAUGCUCUGAGUGUGGGAAACGCUUCAAUCGGAGCUCAUACCUUAUCAUACAUCGGAGAAUCCAUACGGGUGAGAAACCUUAUGGAUGCCGUGAGUGUGGCAAACACUUCAGUCAAAGCUCAGCCCUUAUGACACAUCAGCGAAUCCACACAGGAGAGAGGCCCUACACAUGCUCUGAGUGUGGGAAAAGCUUCAAUCAGAACUCAACCCUUAUUAGACAUCAGAAAAUCCACAUGGGAGUGAUCUGUAACAAAUGCCUUGACUAGGGCUGGCCAAAGGUGGUUUUUUUUUUUUAAAUCACAUUUGCUAAUUCCCACUCAGUGAUCUGUGUCCCAUCUUCACCCUGGUUACUCAGCUCCCCCAGAUGAGUUGCCUGCUCCUGCCUUUUGCAGCUCCCCCUUCUUUGGGGUCAGUCCUGUGAUCUUUUCUAUCAACUCCUUUUCUUUUGAGUCGAAGGAGCGUGUGUCCCUCCAGCCAGGAAUGUUCAUCAGCUCUGGGUGGGGGAGAGAGGUUUGUUCCCAACAAGCUACACUGAGGCAAAAACUACCCGUGCCGUACAUCCACUAGGACUGCACAUGGCGUUGGCUGCUGAAGUCAGUGAUCUUGGUGUUAAAAGACAAUUACAGUUGUCGUGCAGAUGCAGCCGAGGUGCAGUGGUUGGCAUUAGCUUUCCCCUUGACCUGACCUAAACUCCAUCACUUUUCCUAGUCUAAACAAACCCUGAGCAUCCUGGUUAUACUGUUCCCCCAUUUCAAAGCAAGUGUGAGGCAUCAAGUUCCCCCACCAGGAACAUAUUGUUUCAUUCCCAGUUGUCACAGUUCAUCAGAGCGCUGUAGCUUCAGGUUUUCCUGAAGGCAGAUAUUUUUACUACCGUUUUCCUCCCUUAAAAUAUAUUGAAGUAUAGCAAAGAGCAGGAACAGGGAAGGGAUAGGGAAAAAUGUCUUUUCCCCUCUGUAACAACAGAAGAACAUCGGGUAAAUCAGAGGGAUUCUCCAUCGCCAUCCCAAUCCCCCUGUUGUUCAAUUGGUUAGGUCAAUAUUUCCCAAACGGGCUGGGAAGAGGAUUCCCUAGUAAAUGGUUUGGAACUAAGCAAAACACCCAUUCAUUUGCCUCCCAAAGCAGUUGUGGCCCAUGCCCUGCAGGAGGUUGCUCCUGAAGAUCUCCCCUUCCUAAUCAGGUGCAUGUUGCCUAUUAUUUGGGAAAUGCAAUCCCUUUCUAGGUAGAGAUGGGAAAAAUGGAAGUGACAUUUCUGUUCAACUCACUCCUGGGAGAUGCUGUAAAUGUGUAGGAAAUGAAAUCCAUAAGGAAUGUGAUGGAGCUGCAGAAAGAUGGAGCUGCUACCUAUUUUGAGUAGAUACCUGACAUUUGGUGUCUUAGAGGGUUUCUAAACCGCACCUGAAUUUAGUCCCUUAUUUAAAUCUGUGCCACCAGAUUAAAGAAACAAAAGGGCAUAUUUGGGGGAGUUAUACCUCACUAUCGCUACUGGUCUGUUGUGUGGUUGGUGAAGAAUUCUACCCCAGAGAAGUGUAAAAUUGCUACAACUCAGGUCAAAGAUUUGACAAGAACUCAGGUAGAAAUGACAGGUACGAGUGGUUGAUUUUCACCCCAGAGAUGGACGCUCUGGUGACCUGUGGCCGAGGUAAACUGUUUUUAGAACGCUGCUCCCUAGUGAAGUGGCGUUGCUCACACUUCUAAAGGAUGCCGUGAUGAAACUGGGAACAACUGUCUUUUACCAUUUGGAUCCAAAGUUUGGAUCCAGAGAGAAACAGCUGGUUCCUUCAGAGCCAUCCCAUGCCUAUGGGUCCCAAAGUGGCUGCCUUGCUGGACAAGAAGCACUUCCAUGUUGGUUAAAUGAUGGUAGCCAAUGAGGGAAUGUAACAGAUUCCAAGUUCAGACUGCAGGAUACAUGAAUGCUGAGUCCAGAGUCUGUGGUUUGGUCUCUUAGUUUUGCUCUUGAGUCUAAUGCCUUUGUCUCACUUCUCCGCCUCCUGCUACUCUGAAAGAUUAGAAAGUGUGAAAGUAGAGCACAGGUGGUUUUUCUCAUGAUGCAGCCUUCCCACAUAGUGUGAGACCCCUUCCACCCACACUUCUGGGAGAAGACCCAGGGAGAAAUGAACUCUCAGAAAUGGAAGGCUCCUAGGUUAUGGUAGAAUGUGACUUCACACAGAGCUCACUGGGUGAAAAUGGGAAUUAAGAGAAAACUGCCCUAAAGGUUUAUGGUUUGUAAUCUUUGAAUAAAUUGUUACCAGCAACAA